GUGCGAGGUGGCUUCCAGAGUACGGUGACGUUGCGCUGCUUGGAUGGGGACUGGGCCGAUGCAGCAUUCGUUGGACAAGUCUGUUCAGACAAGGCGAAGGCAGAAAACUCCGCGGCUUCGGUUGUUCUGACCGAGCUUUGUGCUGACGAGCAACUCAUGGCAAG